GGAGGGUGGCCACUAAACAGCAGCCCUGCCAGAUCCAAGCUGCUGUCCUCUUACCACAAACAGUUCUGAUCAAGCCUUCUUCAUUCCCAAGAGGUGUACCUGCCAAGCUAGAUGAUGCCCAAGGAGGAGCAUGAGGUGACCGUGCUGGGGGGACCCCACCACCCAGCUCUGGUGACUUCCACCAUAAUCAACAUUCCGAGUGACAACCCUGUGCGUGAUCAUGUGGUCUGGUCCCUCUUCAACACGGUCUUCAUGAACACGUGCUGCCUGGGUUUCAUAGCCUUUGCCUACUCCAUAAAGUCCAGAGACAGGAAGAUGGUGGGCGAUUUGAUCGGGGCCCAGAGCUACGCUUCCACCUCCAAGUGGCUGAACAUCAUUUCCACGGUUCUUACCAUCAUCCUCACUGUUGUCUUCAUUAUUGUAUAUUCCGCAGUCAUCGUGGCAGUCUUCCAACGCCUGUCACAGCGCUAUUAGUCUUGAGGCUUCCUUCUCUCACAGCUGCUCUGGCCCUGGGCCAGGCCUUUCCCUGUACCCCACACCCUUAGCAACUGUCCACAAUUGGGCUCAAUAAAGUGUGUGUUCCUACAGU